CCUUCUUCCCCUAUCACUUUACAAAACAAUCACUCACAAUGCCCAAGGCUAAGGGAAAGGGUGGCAAGAACCGUAGGAGGGGAAAGAACGACGGAAACGACGAGAAGCGCGAGCUUGUCUUCAAGGAGGAUGGCCAGGAGUACGCUCAGGUCGUCAAGAUGCUCGGUAACGGCAGGUUAGAGGCCAAGUGCCAGGACGGCGAGACCCGUCUUGGCCAGAUCCGUGGCCAGAUGCGCAAGAAGGUCUGGAUCACUGCCGGCGACAUCAUCCUCCUCUCGCUCCGCGAGUUCCAGGAUGACAAGGCCGACGUUAUCCACCGCUACACGCCCGACGAGGCGCGUAACCUCAAGACGUACGGCGAGCUCAAGUCGGACUUCCAGAUCAACGAGGCUGCCGAGGAGGGUGGCGUCUCUGACGAGGAGGGCGGCGUCGAGUUCGAGGAGGCUGAGAUUGACGACAUUUAAGUCGUUGCCUACACUCGCUCAAAACCGCGACGGUUUGCCAUGUCAAAUGCAUCAUUCUGUCGCCUCCAUGUCCGCGUCAGCUGCGCGCCGCCGCGAGGGCUCGGGCUCGUGUCCAGCCAGCGUUCCGCUCCAUCAUCCGUAUGGACGCAUGCAUUGGUCGUUACAUGUG